AUGCGGUUAUUAUCGACUUUUUUUGCUGCAACCGCAGCUGGAGCUGCAGCUGCAGCUAUAGAACACAAUGGUUCUUCUUUCCAGGCCAAAUGCGAAUCUUUCAAAGCAAAGAUCAAAGUACCUAGUGCAAAUGUCCAUUCGGUAACCUAUGUCCCGGCGGGUGUCAACAUCUCCAUGGCCGAUAACCCGUCCGUCUGCGGUGGAGAUGAGGAUCCAAUAACCAGCACAUUCGCAUUUUGUCGCAUUGCACUCAAUGUAACAACUUCCAGCAAGAGUCAGAUUUUCAUGGAAGCCUGGCUGCCCAGUAAUUAUUCCGGUCGAUUUCUGAGCACAGGAAAUGGCGGUCUUGGUGGCUGUGUCAAGUAUGAUGAUAUGGCCUAUGCUGCAGGAUAUGGAUUUGCUACUGUUGGAACAAAUAACGGACAUUUUGGUAACACUGGUGUCCACUUUUACCAAAACUCAGAGGUGGUUGAGGAUUUUGCUUACCGCGCACUCCAUACCGGCGUCGUUGUCGGGAAGCAAUUAACGCAAAGCUUCUAUCCUCAAGGUUAUAACAAAUCAUACUAUCUCGGUUGCUCCACUGGAGGACGUCAAGGGUGGAAAUCCGUUCAGACCUUCCCAGAUGACUUUGACGGUGUCGUGGCUGGUGCACCGGCGUUCAAUUUCGUUAAUCUGACCAGCUGGGGUGCUCGAUUCCUCACCCUCACGGGCGACUCCAGCGCAGAGACCUUCGUAACCGAGACGCAAUGGACUGCCGUACACAAUGAGAUAAUCAGACAAUGCGAUCCUCUCGAUGGCGCGAUAGACGGCAUCAUUGAGGAUCCAGAUCUUUGUCAGCCCAUCAUUGAGAUUCUACUUUGCAAUGCAACCCAAUCCUCCACAUCCGGUACGUGUCUCACCGGAGCGCAGGCCCAGACAGUGAACGCCAUCUUCAGUACAACCUACGGCGUGGACGGCUCCUUCGUCUAUCCGCGCAUGCAGCCCGGAUCAGAGUUAGCAGCCUACUACAGCUACUACAGCGGGACGCCUUUCUCCUAUGCCACUGACUGGUAUCGCUAUGUGGUAUACAACAACACCAACUGGGACCCUGUAACUUGGACCCUGGAAGACGCCGCUAUUGCCAGCGCUCAGGACCCGUAUCAAAUCUCCACCUGGAAUGGCGAUAUCUCUCCCUUCCAGAAAAAGGGCGGCAAGGUCCUCCAUUAUCACGGCAUGGAAGAUGCAAUCAUUUCCUCCGACAGCUCAAAGGUGUACUAUAAGCACGUUGUCGACACAAUGAAUCUUAGUCCCUCUGAACUCGACAGCUUCUACCGUUUCUUUCCGAUCAGCGGCAUGGCCCACUGCGCAAAUGCAGACGGGCCUUCUGCGAUCGGUCAGGGGACUGGCACCUUUUCAGGAAACAACCCAGAGGAUAAUGUUCUUCUUGCCAUGGUUCAGUGGGUUGAAGAAGGUGUCGCUCCUGACUUUGUUCGGGGUGCCAAGCUCAAUGGCUCUACAGUGGAAUACCGCAGGAAGCACUGCAAGUAUCCUAAGCGUAACCGAUAUGUCGGGCCCGGUCCGUCCACAGAUGAGAACGCUUGGGAAUGUGUAUAG